CCGCACCUAUGCCAGCCCCGCGUCCGCAGCGGCCGCGCCGGGGCAGGUCUCCUCCCCGGGCCCGGCCGCGCCCUGGGCCCACCUGCAGGCCCCGCGGCGGCCUCCGCUUGGCCGGGCUGCCGGGAGCGAGGGCGGGGGGGGAGGCCUGCGUCCCCCGGCCGAGCCCCGUCUGCCCGCCACCCGCCCGCGCGGGGAGGGUCGCGGCCGGGGUGCUGGAGGACGCCGGGGGGACGCCGGGGGCCCGGGCCGGGAGAGCGCGGACGGAACCUGCUGUCAGGUAUUUAAGAGAUUAUGGCAUCUGAAACUCACAAUGUUAAAAAACGGAACUUUUGUAAUAAUAUUGAGGAUCAUUCCAUUGAUCUUCCUAGAAAGAGGAUCUCUAAUUUCACUAAUAAGAACAUGAAGGAGGUUAAGAAAUCUCCAAAACAGUUGGCUGCUGACGUAAAUAGAACAGUUGGACAAGCUGUGAAAAGCCCUAAUAAACUACUUAAGGUGAUCUAUCGCAGGAAGAAAGUUCAUCAUCCUUUUCCAAAUCCUUGUUACAGAAAAAAACAGUCCCCUAAAAGUGGGGGCUGUGACAUGGCAAAUAAAGAAAAUGAACUGGCUUGUGCAGGCCACUUGCCUGAAAAAUUACGCCAUGAUACUCGAACGUACUUGGUUAACUCCAGUGAUUCUGGUUCUUCACAGACAGAAAGCCCAUCAUCAAAAUAUAGUGGAGGUUUUUUUUCUGAGGUUUCUCAGGACCAUGAGACAAUGGCACAAGUUUUGUUCAGCAGGAAUUUGAGAUUGAAUGUAGCUUUAACUUUCUGGAGAAAAAGAAGCAUAAGUGAACUUGUAGCUUAUUUGGUGAGGAUAGAAGACCUUGGAGUUGUGGUGGAUUGCCUUCCUGUGCUCACCAAUAGUUUACAGGAAGAAAAACAAUAUAUCUCACUUGGCUGCUGUGUAGACUUGUUGCCUCUAGUAAAGUCCCUACUUAAAAGCAAAUUUGAAGAAUACAUAAUAGUUGGUUUAAACUGGCUUCAAGCAGUCAUAAAAAGGUGGUGGUCAGAACUGUCAUCCAAAACAGAAAUUAUAAAUGAUGGAAAUAUUCAGAUUCUAAAACAACAAUUAAGCAGAUUGUGGGAACAGGAAAACCAUCUUACUUUGGUUCCAGGAUAUACUGGCAAUAUAGCUAAGGAUGUAGAUGCUUAUUUAUUGCAGUUGCAUUGAGAGACACUUCAUCUACUAAAGAGCAUUUGGUUCUUCAAACAUCCCUGGACUAUAUGAUUUUCCCUAAAUGUCUCACCUGAGAACUGUGAACUGUGGAAGAAAUCAAAAGCAUUUUUUUUCUUCUUUAAAAAGCCACAUAACUAAACCACUAAUGAAAUCCUGUAAUCUACUUCACAUUGAAGUGGAAAAAUAUCCAAAAGGAGCAGCUUCAACUUUAAAGAGGUGAAAGUGCACUAUGAAGAUUGUUCACCUUUGCUGCGCUUGGGAUUUAUAUGGUUAUUUGGUAACAUUGUUUAAGAACUACUGGGUCUUAAUGCAAUCCUGUAUAAGAAUAUAAUUUAUAUUAUGUGAAAAAAAAAGAAAGACAGGACUUAUUACUAGGAAUCACAAAGACCAAUCAUCAUUACUUUUUUUAAGAUUGUGUUUUAUAUAUAAGAAAACACUUAAAUGUACGCAGCUAUUAUGUUGAAAAGACUUUGAAAGUUUAAAAUGUAAUAGCAAAUAAUCUAUACUAAAAGUUUUUUGUCUGCACUGAGAUAUUGUGUAUACAAAAUGCCUUAAUUAUAAGCCAAUAUGUAUGAUACCAAUACCUGUUUAAAAAAAUUUUAAACCAGCCAUGCUUCUGGCAUGAUAAAAUCAUGGAAUUAAAUCAGGGGUUUCCAUUCAUGUAGAAUGUUGUUAAAAAAACAGCAUUUUUAAAACUUGAGACUAUUUUUAGUAUCUCCGAUUUUUUUCCCCAGACUCAUCAUGUCAUGUAUGUAUAUGUUAUUCCUAUAUAAAAGAAAAAGGUUAACAUGUAUUUGUAUGAAUGCUUAACUGGAAAUGUCCAUGGAGUUGGCUAAUUUAUAUUCACUUUUUAUUGUAUGUAGAUUUCUAAUAUUUUCAGUUCUGUAUCAUUUACACUUCUUUCAUUUGAGUAAAUUCACUAAAUAUUUCUAAUUAUUGCUUUUUUAAAUUCUGACUUUAUAUGAAUUCUAAUUCUUUUUUACUACAUAUGUUUUAAAGAAUUAUAUACCAUGCUUUCUAAAUGUUUACAAUUAGUACUGACUUUGUAUUUUAAAUUCCAACACUUUAUAUUACUACCUCCUCUAAUUGGUAUGAAUGCCAGCAGACUGUAUGAGGUCUUUUUUUUUUUUAAUUCAUUUUUGGUGUCAGUGAACCCACUUCUGGAAUGUGUUAACAGCUGUUAUAUCUUACCUUGAAAGUGAUUAGGGUUUAAAUAUCACUGUUGGUGGUUUUGUACAUCAUCUCAUCUUUAAUAAUUGUGAAAGGUAUCUGAGCAAAGAUUUUUAGUAAUCGAAUUACUCUGCAAUAAUCUUCAAGUACAUGAAUGUAAAUCUUUAGCAUUUAUCUAUUUAGCCACUACUGAUAUAAAUCCCAAACGAACAUCUUUCUUGUUUUAAAAAUGUUGUCUUUCACUGAGUUCUAUUUUUAUGUAGCAGUAUUUCAUAUAGCUAUGUAUUCCUCAGAGUGAGCAUCAACUGUAGUGAUUGUUUAUUUUCUUAAAUCUUUAGACUACAAUAACUUCAGAUUACUGCACUUCUGUGAUAUGAGAGUUAUUUAAGAAGUUGUUUUUCAGGAGGUGGGAAUUUGAAUCAUAAGCCUGUGUCAUCUCUGUGAAACAUUAAGAUGAUGAAAUAGGAUAUUUCUUUGUUCCUAUUCCUUGAAUUAUCACUGUCUUAUCUAAUAGUUUGAACCAGUUAGCUCAGUUGCAGCAUGGUGCUAAUGAGGCUAAGGACAGUUCAGUCGUUUUAUAGAUUGAUGAACUUAACACACACACACAGAGAACUAUUCAUGGCUACAUAUUUUAUCUUCUCUUAAGAAAUUCAACUCUUGGUCACCAGGAAGACGGUGUGUAAACCAUCUUAGCAUAAACCCUUCACCUCAAACAGGAAGAUAACUCAGAUACUUGGUGUAUGUCAUAGGGCAGACUUGAAAUCUAGUAUUUAAGAUGUACCUAAAAUACUAUGGCACUGUAAUUUUCUCUGGGUAAGAUCAUUGAUUAAACAGUAUCUUUCAAAAA